AUGAGUGACCGCGCAGCAGAGGAGCACGUUCCGCUCCCUCCUCCUGUGCGCAAGGAAGGGGAACGGUCCUCGAGUAGCGAGGAUGGCGACGGCAAGAGGAAGGAGCGUCGCCGCAAAGGCAAGUCGUAUGACAAGCGAGCACCCUUGGUGCACAACCCUCUUGACGAGGACUACCCGGUGAUCGAAGACACCUCGACACCCUCGUCUGACCGUCGCGACAGUGGUGUCUUCUCCGGCCGUGGCUCGCCCCGAAACGCCAAAUACCACGAGACCAAGGGCAAGUUCCUUCUGCCAGCCGAGCGUCGCUCGCCGGUCGAUGACAGCCACGUGCAAGAACUCACCCAGCAGUUCAACCACAUCCUCCAGAACGAGCACCUCGACAAGCUCAACGCCGAAGCCCGUGCCAACCGCCUAGAGGAACAGCUCAACCGCGCCAAAGCCGAGAUCGACCAAAACAAACGGGCUGACUACCUUGACCAGCGCGAACGCCGCAUCUCGGACCGCGAGAAGUCGCACCGUGACGAGCAGAAGCGCUUGAGCCAGACUUCACUGCGUGGCAAUCUUCCGCCACCGCGGCGUGAUGUCGUCGUCACUCAGCCGCAGCUCCCUAUCCAACCCUCCGGCGGCUACUAUGCCACUCCUCCUCCCGCUGCUGACCCGGCAGCCGAGGCGCUGGCCAAGGCAAAGUCCGACUGGAACAAGCGAAAGAGUGGCGGCGGCUACGGCGACAGGAGAAGGUCGCCAUAG